UAAGCUGAUUCAGCAAAUAAAUUGAAGAGAAAGGCAGCGAUCCAGAUCUAUCAGCCAUGGUUUGCCCAUUAACAAGAACAUGGAAGCUGACAGCAAUAUCAAGUGGCUAUGGUUCCACUCGUUGCCGUAAUUUGAAUCCCAUGCUUUUCUUCUUAUCCACUACAUCCAAUGUACAAAAUAGAAGGCAGAGUUUGGCUACUUUGUCUUUUGAUUCCACAUCUUCAUCUUCGUUGAGCUGUUUUUGUUCAAAUUCUCCUGUCGCUGCUUACUCAAACAACAAAAAGUAUGUAUCAAAUGCAAGAAGCAAAGGUGGUUGUUUGACAUAUGUGCAUAGUGAUGACAAGGUUGAGAAAGGACCCACACCAAAAAAUGUGGAGAUUGAAGAAAAGAUGGUUGUUAGAAAGCAGCCUUUUUGGCAAAAACUUCUGUUUACAUCCAAGAAGAUCAGGAGUAUUCUCUUACUCAAUUUCAUCACCAUUGUUUUUGCAAGUGAUAUUCCAGUUAUAAAAGCAGUGGAAACUAUAAUGGCUCCAGCACCCUUCUCUGCUGUGCGGUUUGUGAUGUCAGCCAUCCCAUUCUUACCAUUUGUGAUUCAGGCACGAGAUGAUGUUCAGAUACGGAAGGCAGGGAUAGAGUUGGGACUCUGGGUCAGUUUGGGUUACUUUAUUGAGGCACUUGGUCUAAUUACAGCUGAUGCUGGGCGUGCAUCAUUUAUUUCUCUGUUUACAGUUAUCGUGGUACCAAUGCUCGAUAGCAUGUUAGGAGCUGUAGUACUUGCUCAUACUUGGUUUGGUGUUCUCAUGUCUGCACUUGGUGUUGCUAUGCUUGAAUGGAGUGGCUCUCCGCCAAAUUUUGGAGAUCUGUUAAGCUUUUUGAGCUCAAUAUUUUUUGGAAUUCACAUGCUUCGGACUGAACAUCUUUCUAGAAGCACAAAGGAGGAGAACUUCUUGGCACUUCUUGGAUAUGAGGUUUGUGUUGUUGCUCUGUUUUCAACACUCUGGGUUGUAAUUGAAGGAUGGUUUGAUGGCAACCAAGAUUUUGAUCAAUCAUCUUUGACAUGGGAACUGUUAUGGGACUGGAUGGUAACCUUUCCAUGGGUACCUGCACUAUAUACAGGCAUAUUCUCAACUGGAUUGUGCCUUUGGAUAGAGAUUGCUGCUAUGCGCGAAGUGUCAGCAACAGAAACAGCCAUUAUUUAUGGAAUGGAGCCACUAUGGGGAGCAGGUUUUGCAUGGUUUCUCCUUGGCGAAAGGUGGGGUGCAACAGGAUGGAUUGGGGCUGCUCUUGUGCUUGGUGGAAGCUUGAUGGUGCAGAUAUUCAGAUCGUCCACUUCAAAGGAAUCGAUAGAGGUUGAAAGAGGAAUUCAGAAAGGCAAUCUCCUGCUGGUUUCAGAAAUAGACGAAGGAGAAUUACAGAAAAAGCUAUCUACUUCACCAGUUGUUGUCAGAUCCAGAAAGGAUAUGAUAGAUAUGUUUUAAGUGAUCCAUCUCCAAGCUAUUUAUUGGUUCAUGAUUUCCUUUGCCUCUUGUUCGUGAGAUGAAACGGAGAUGGCAU